CUUUGGUAAGACAGUUCAAUUGGGACUUCGUUUGGUUGAAGACGCAGAUUCAGAUAAAGUUAUUCUUCUGUUUUUUUACGGUCGUUUAUCUAGUGAAAUGCGAAGAAAGCAGAACUUGACUCAAAUCGAAAGUUGCAUUGCGUUUGUUACGUGUGAGUCUUAGGUUUUUAUUUUUAUUAAGUGUCAAAGAAGUCCGGUUCCUUGUGACACUGAUGUAAACGGAUUAAUUACACGGAGAAAAUCAUAUUAACUUAGAGAUACGUUCACAUAAGUUAGCGUGACAGUGAUAAUUUUAUGUCAACAAUAGCAAAAGUUUUUGGUAAUUCAAUCGCAUGCAAAUUCCAUAACUGAUGUUUAACUCGGAAUAACGAGCGCAUGUUUUCUUAACGUGUUUUGCCUUUUUCAGUUUUUAAUUGUCUGGCACUUGAGGCCGGAACUAGGGCCUUUCCCUAUGAGUGAAACAAAAUUAAAUGUCAAAACAAGUGAAAAAUUGUUAAACAAGUGCUUAUUCAUAUCUGCUUAGUGAAACUUAAGCUUAAUCCGAAAAUAAAAAUCAUAAUUGAAGCUUGUUCUUGGUAUAAGUGGGACGCCCAGUUUUAAACUUUUUUUUUAAUAUUUUUGUUUUUGUCAACGAAGACGCAUUUUUUUAUUCAUAUAAAAAAAUAAUUUUCCUUUUGGAUACAAAAUUAUUUAACACGCAGCGAAAUGUCGGAUAUUUACUAUUGCAGUAAUAAUAAGAAAAAAUCGGACAAAAUGUCUUCAGCUGAGAAAGGAACUAAAAGUACGACAACAAAUAACACAAAUAACACACAUAACACCAACAGCAACAGUAACAACAAUAAUAACAAUAACAAUAACAUAACCAGCCGGGAUAGCAAUAACAUUUGCGGGAAGCACUCAAAUGGAAAGACGAAUUGGAAUACCAAGGUGAUACAAACCAGUACAACGCCACACACAAACGGCCAUGUUCCAUCAUCACAGAAAACAUUUCACAAUACUCGUUGUACACGACAUCAUAAGCCCCACCAACAUCACAGUCAUGGCCGUAAAACAGAAUCAGUUUUAUCCACAGAUUCAGAUAUUCGAUUUACAAGACGAAAAAUUGGCGACAGCCAAAAAUGUGGUUGCGUAGUGAUAACAGGUUUUCUAGUCGCUCUGCUUGUAGCUGGAGCGUUUGUAUAUAUUGGAUAUACCUAUUUUAGACCAGAACCUUUACCAGAUCGAACGUUUCGUGGAAAGUUUCGGGUGGUGAAUGAUAAAUGGUCAAUGGAUUUAGCGGAUCAAACGUCAAUAAGGUUUCAACACAAGUCAAGAGAUUAUAGGGAAAGGAUAAAUCUACUUUUGAGGAGGUCCGACUUAAGAGAGCCUUUUGAGGGAACUGAGAUUUUGGCUCUCGAUGGAACUGAUGACACAAAUGACAUCCUCGUCCACUUCAAUGUUAUCUUUGAUCCCUACAUCGGCCUUGUAUCAACAGCUGAUCUUCUAGCCAUUUUCACAGAAGAGAUUACAGCUCAAAACCGAAGGUACUUCGCAAAUAUGACCGUUGAUCCGGAGAGUUUGACAAUUAAAGAGGUAACUGGCCUAAUUGAAGAACCAAUCAUGUCAUCAUCACCACUGGAAAAAGACGAUGAGGUUCCGAUUUUGGUAACGACCACUCCUAGGCCACCAAGAUAUUGUGAACCUCUCAAGCUUAACUAUUGUCGGUCGAUAGGCUACAAUUCUACCACCUACCCAAAUCUCUUAGGCCACACUUCCAUUGCAGAAGUGGAAGCCGAUGUGAUCGCCUUUCGUGAAAUGGUCGAUGCUGAAUGUUUUCGAGAGGCUUUUGACUUUGUCUGCCGACUUCUGCAGCCGCCUUGCGAGUCGCAUGGCCUAUUAGAACCAACACCUGGAGUAAUCUGUCGGGAAUAUUGUCAGAUUUUCAUGAAGGGCUGUGGAAAUCGGUUGUUGCACAGAUUUAAGAAAUUUUUCGAUUGUGAGGCGUUCCCUGAAUCAACUGGAAUGCAAUCUUGUCACCACAAACCCCGAUGCUCUGAAGAUCUGCAGAGCAAUGCCUUAUCCCCACGGUUAUGUGAUGGAAUUGGUGAUUGUCCGGACCUUUCAGAUGAACGGUCGUGUUCGUUUUGCCCAGCAAAUUCCUUGUAUUGUGGACGUGGAAGAGCUUGUAUAUCGAAGAAGGCUCGAUGUGACGGAAAAGUUGACUGCCCCGAUGGUUCCGACGAAAAAGACUGCCUAUCAAUUGCCCCACUGGCAUCUGCUUUAAUUCAUCCAGAACCGUUGGUGCCUUUUCAACCAAGAUUUCAUUCGGAAGGAUUUGCAGUCUUUUCAGAGAAAGGAAUUAUCGGAAAACUUUGUGCUGAAGGUCUGGACGGUAGUGAAAAAGACACAGUGAGACAAACUGUUGCUGAAUCCCUAUGCAAGUCCCUGGGUUACGAAUCGGUUCAGCUGUUUGAAAUCCGCAACGACACAGAAAGUCUCAAGGAUUAUGUUCGAGUUCUUGAUCCACAUGCUCCAGAGAUUUCCUUUAUCCGAACAACAUGCCAAAACAAGAGAGUACUCUAUGUUGGCUGUGGAGAAUUGCAGUGUGGGGUUCAGUCAGUGCUGUCGCCAAAACAUACAUCUUUACCAAAAAUGUCUUCGCCGGGAGAUUGGCCAUGGCUUGUAGCGCUCUAUAGAGAAGAUACACAUGUUUGUGAUGGAACUUUGGUUUCACGUGAUUGGGUUCUCACAACGGAAUCCUGUUUCCAGGGGCAACCUCGAGCUACCUGGAUGGCAAUAUUUGGUUCGGUGCGAUUAAAUGCCAAUGCUCCUUGGACACAACGUCGACGUGUUAUAGGUUUGAUUAAGAGCCCUGUUGAAGGUUCCACUGCAGCUCUUAUACGCCUCGAGACUCCAGUGAUAUUCUCUGACUUCGUUCGACCGGUUUGCCUGCCCGAUGAGUUGGAUAAGAAACUACGUCCAGAUUACCAAAGAAGAACUUUAACUCCAAAAGCCGAGAAGCUAGAGGGUGACCGUCAUCAGCUACGUGAUACAUCCGCCAAAGUACAGAUAUCAGAACGAGAAACACAACAGUUCUUCGUCGCUCCAUCGCUUGAAAAACCUUCCCUCAGUACUGAUUCAAGUGAUAUUGAUAGUUCAGAAACCACUAUCAGCAGCUCAGGACUGCGGCGGCGCCGCCGACGAGCUGUUGAACCAAUUCCUUCAUUUGAAUCAUAUCCUCUACCAGAGAGUGUACCUCAAAUGCAGUAUUACUCCCAGAAGGCGCGUUCCUUGGGUCAACAGAAGUUACCUGUAACCUAUGUAACAACAGUGCGAUCUGCUGAGCAGACACAAUGGACUAAUUGCAAUACGUUGGGCUGGUCAAGACAGCGGGACCAUUUACAGAGGGUUCAAUUGAAAAUUGGUGAUAUGUCCGCAUGCGAGAAUGUCUCGAUUGCGACCGUGAAUAGCAUGUGUACGGAAGCUACAUUCCAGAAGCACGAUUGUACGCAAGAAGAAUUUUCUGGUGCUCCAGUACAAUGUACCCUGCCUGGAACUAAUCAAUGGGCCUUAGUUGGUAUUUCAUCAUGGAGAAUAGCUUGUGGUCCAACUGGUGUUGAAAGACCCCGAAUGUAUGAUAAAAUUUCUUCGAAUGCAGCUUGGAUAAGAGAUACAAUAAAUUCAGAAUAAAAGUGUUGUAAAUGUUAAAUAAAAACUAAAUCUAAAAAAAAUUUUGUACAUUUAAAAUAUUUUAUUUAAGAUACAAGAAUUAUUAACUAUUAAUAAUAUUAAAUUAUAUCAGCAUUUGGAAUGUGUGUGAAUGUUUGAUGAAGAAAUGUAAGAUACAAAUGAAAAAUAUUAUUAUUUUGUUUGUUAAAUAAAAAUUAUUAAGUUUACAAUUAUAAUAUUUUUAGUUAUUUUAUUGAGAAUGAAUGUUUGUGCUGCCAUUAAAGUUUAAACUUAAAUUAAGUUAAAAGAAAAAAAAAACAAACAAAACAUUUAUAUUUACUUAUUUAUUCAUAAUUCUAUACACAUAAGUAAUUU